ACUUAGCGGUCUAUUACAUCACCUUUGAUCUCAAUUGUGAAUUUUAAAAAUUAACACUGUAGUGAUUCUCUGUUGAAGCAAGGUAAAAGCCAUUCACGCAACAAAACUUUAUAUUUAUUCAGAUAAGGUAUAUAAUUGCAUUCACUCACCAUUAUUCGCUGUUAUAUUUUAUGAUGAUCACGUUUUACGUCACAACUGCACACUAUGAUCGCACAGACUACCAUCUCCGUACCCUACUUAUUUCCACCAUGGACUAACCGUGGCAUCUUCAAUUCGAAACUGGGAGAUUGUAAUAUGCACUAUUUACAUAUGCAGAUGGCGGCUGUGUGUAUAGAAUAAGAAAUGCCACGAUGUUGCUGAGUUGUCAAGAGGUGUGACAGUUAAGGCAUUACAUUUUCAAUGUCAUGUGCAGUUUGUGUGGUUAUCAUGGAGAAUGUUUACAAUUACGUGGUAAGUUACAGGUCGGGACAAACUGUUCAGGAGGUUAGGAAAUUUUGAGUGUAUUACUUUGUUGAAUUAACCUAUACGUAGCAAUGCACCCGAAGCGGACGUGUCACCGAAUUUUUUAUAGUAGGUGGUUGGUUUCUUUAUUUAUAUGCUUAUCGGUGACACUGAUUAUAUGGUCAACCAAACGCCUCGAAAAUAAUUUGUCAGAUGAAGAGUUGGAAGUGCUGAUUACUAACCAGAGGGUGCAGAAGCUGAAAAGAGAGCAACAGGAGGAAGUUGGCGUUGUUUUCGCAAAGAACAUACUCUUCCACAAUGCAGACUAUGAGGCUGAAAUUAGGAAAGAUGAAGCUAAGAAGGUCCCACAUCUGGGGGACAAUGGAGUGGCAGUUGUUUUGCAGGGAGAAGAGGCAAAGCAGGCCGAGACCCUCAUGAAGGUGGAGGCUUUCAACAUCCUUCUGAGUGACAAGAUUCCCUACUUGAGGACACUGCCAGAUGCACGGAACCCAAAGUGCAAGGAACUGAAGUAUGACUUGGACCUGCCCUCUGCGAGUGUUGUUAUUAUAUUCACCAACGAGGCAUGGAGCUCUCUCAUACGGACAGUGCACAGUGUUCUGAACAGUUCACCUGCUCACCUGCUCAAGGAGAUUCUUCUGGUGGAUGACUGCAGUGACAGGGUGGACCUGCAGGGCAGGUUGAACUACUACCUGAAGACGCGGCUCCCACCCAAAGUGCGUCUGAUUCGCCUGACAGAAAGGGCAGGCCUGAUACGGGCGCGACUCGCUGGGGCGAGGGCAGCUGUGGGUGACGUGCUUAUCUUUCUGGAUGCUCACUGUGAAGUGGUGCAGACCUGGUUGGAACCGCUACUUCAGCGAAUCAAAGAGAAGCGCUCCGCUGUUCUCGUUCCUAUCAUCGAUGUGAUCGAUGACAAAACGCUAGAGUACAUGUAUAGCAAAUCAUCAUUAGAUUUUUUCCAGGUGGGUGGGUUCACAUGGAGUGGACACUUCACGUGGGUGGCCGUCCCUGAAGCAGAGCAGGCUCGCCGAGGCUCUCCUGUUGCGCCGACCAGGUCCCCGACGAUGGCAGGUGGUCUUUUUGCAAUUGAACGUGACUAUUUCUGGGAGAUAGGCUCGUACGACUCGCAGAUGGAUGUCUGGGGCGGUGAGAACUUGGAAAUGUCAUUCAGGGUGUGGCAAUGUGGUGGCUCCUUGGAAACCAUCCCCUGCUCCCGUGUUGGGCACAUCUUUCGCAGCUUCCACCCGUAUACAUUCCCUGGAGGCAAGGAUACACACGGGAUAAACACAGCCCGUAUGGUGGAGGUGUGGAUGGACGAGUAUAAAAGCUUGUUCUAUAUGAAUCGUCCUGACCUGCGUGAACGAGACAUAGGGGACCUGACGGAACGUAAGGCUUUGAGGAAAGGGCUGAACUGUAAGCCAUUCAAGUGGUAUCUACAGAAUGUGUAUCCAGACAUUUUCAUUCCCACAGAAAAUGUUGCGGCGUUCGGACAGGUGCGGAGUGAGCGCAGGUGUCUGGACAACUUGCAGAAGGGGAGCAGUGAGGAGCAAUAUGAGCUGGGGAUGUACAAUUGUCACCCCAAGGCGACCUCGAGUCAGUUCUUCUCACUGACACUGACAGGAGAGCUGCGUCGGGAGAAUUUCUGUGCCGAGAUACAGAACCCGCUGGCCAGACCGGUACGUGUCAUCAUGUUCCGCUGCCACGGACAGAAAGGCAACCAGGAGUGGAGUAUGAAGGAUGGCCAACUUAUAAAUGUGCAGACUACCCUGUGCCUUGACGCAUCUGACAGCGAACAGUCUGACAAGGUGGCUGCGGCAAGCUGUUCCAGGAGCGCGUGGCAACUGUGGAGGUGGAGCAACAGCACAGAGUGAGCAGUGCGAGCCACUUUGAACUUCUUCAGCCUCAAAGUAUUCAUAAUCACCCUCAUGUCACAUUUUAUGCAUACCAUACCAGUUUUGCCUCAUGUUCAGGUCAAAUCUUGGUUGGAUUACUGGUGUCAUUGAUUUCAUUUUCCCGUCUGUCCACGUGAUUGCCAGGAUAAUAACUUUAGACAGGUUGUGGCCACUUCCAAAUAUGUUUAUGUGCAUUAUUCAUGUUUGUGAGAGUUGAAGUUGUCACAGCAGCAAGUAUGAACAUAUUUCAGGGGUGCUUCCUCCCUCCAUAAUAUGGUAGCGGUAAACACUUCUGAUAUAUCGGACAGUUUCUGUGAGACUGUAUGAUGCAACAUCUCAAAAGACUUAUAAUACUUUUGGCAUUGCCAUGCCAACAGAUAGAUUUUAAACACAUGUUAAGAAAGUGCAAGUCUUUCAUGAACUUUGGCACUUCAGAGGAUUUGCAUGUCCCCUUGAUGAAUGAAUGUGAAGUUGGCUUGAAGAAUUUGAACUUGCAUGAAAAUUAUUUCACAUAGAUAUUGUGGAAUGAUAUUGUAAUGGCAUUUGCCUGCAUUUGGGGCCAGGUAAGUACAGUCCACUUCUUAAGAUCUGUCGUCUUAUUUCAAGUCUCCCGUGUUGUUCCAUCAUAAAGUUUUUAGCAAGAUGUAUGGAUUUUAUUGGACCACAUGUAUCUGGUACUGUUAUGAUAAAUAAAUUGUACCAGGAAACUCAGGGCAUGCAGCAUUUUUUAACUUAUACAAAUGCAAGAGCCAGAUGGUAUACAAAUAUAAAAUGCUACCAUUCAGUGAUUCUAGGAUAAUUAUGACUGCUGUAAUGUGUUUAUAAAAGUAAUAUAUCAAAUCGAAUUAUAUUGGUAUUAGAAUGUUGCCGAUGAUGAAGAUUCAAAUUAUUUAUCAGGUAAGAUGGAGCAAGCGAAAUAAAAUUGGAAGGGACGCUAAGAGUGGUAAGAGGUGGUAUACUAUGCAAUAACUGUGGUAAAUGAUUUAACUUUAAUGACUGAGGGUAAUAUUACAGAUAAUGACUAGGUUUGUUUUCCAAGAAAUAUAAUACGCUUUCCUUUUGCAAGUGAAUUCUUAUUCUCAUUACUGUCAUUCUUUGUGGACAACAUGGAGAAUUUUGAUACAAAUUCUGACAUUCAUAGAAUAAACACAUGGUAUGUACAUGGUCUCCAUCACUGAAAUUCUAACCCCGUAAUGUAUGAGGAAGGUGCUCUGUGGGGAUCAAGUUAUUCAGUACUUUUCCAUCCAACAUUAAGAAGCUUUAAUGCAGUAUAAAAUUCUUAAAACCUCUCAUACCAUGUAAUAAUACAGAAGUUAUGUAAAUUAGCCAUUUUUAACACUAUUAAUGGUUAUUUGUUUACUUUACUAAACUUGUUUUGGCUUCAAGUUGUCAUCAGUGGCAGUGUGAAACAUUUAGCCCAAAGUAAAGUAAUGAAAAAGUGGUUGGUUUAUGUGAGUUCUUAUGUUAUAAAAGUAUAUAAGUCAGCAGUGAAAGAUUAUCUUUUGUUUCGCUUCUACUGUGUAGAUGCGUUUACGUAUAAAGUCUGUUUGCUGUAAAUAUUCAUGUGAAUAGCUGUAUUUGUAUUUGCUUUGGUAUUAAUUAUUGUACCAAGUAUUGUAAUGUAACAUGCUCCAUAUCCAUGUUAUGUACUAUGAAGGAUCUAUGGAAUAUAUUUUAAUUAAUUAAUACCAUCGUGAAUGGUUAUAGAAGGAA